GUCAAGAGUACGGCGUCUCCGAUAGGCUUUAUCCUUUGAAAUCGCUAUUCGCUGCAACAUGGCGAGCGUCGCCGUCGGGACGCCGUGGCUUAGGGUUAGGUCUCUGCCGGAGAUUGCGCCUUCCUUUUUCCGGCGUCAGUCUUCUUCCAUCUUCUACUGCUCCCGGCGAAAAUUCGCGGUGGUUGCAUGUUCCGGCAACAGUGAUGCGCCUGUUAGAGUGCGUUUCGCGCCUUCUCCGACAGGGAAUCUCCAUGUCGGAGGAGCCAGGACUGCUCUCUUCAACUACUUGUUCGCCAGGUCGAAAGGAGGGAAAUUUGUGUUGCGGAUCGAGGACACGGAUUUGGAGAGAUCAACACGUGAAUCUGAGGCAGCUGUGCUUCAGGAUCUUGCCUGGCUUGGUCUUGACUGGGAUGAAGGCCCUGGUGUAGGUGGAGAUUAUGGUCCAUAUCGGCAGUCCGAAAGGAAUUCUCUUUAUAAACAACAUGCUGAGAAGCUUUUGGAGUCAGGUCAUGUCUAUCGUUGCUUUUGUUCCAAUGAGGAACUUGAGAAGAUGAAGGAGAUUGCAAAGCUGAAACAGCUGCCUCCAGAGUAUAGUGGGAAAUGGGCAACUGCUACUGAUGACGAAAUACAUAAGGAGCUGGAGAAGGGUACUCCUUACACAUAUCGGUUCCGCGUGCCAAAGGAAGGUUCUUUGAAAAUUAAUGACCUCAUUCGUGGCGAAGUAUGCUGGAACUUGGAUACACUUGGAGAUUUUGUGGUAAUGAGGAGCAAUGGCCAGCCUGUUUACAACUUUUGUGUUACAGUAGAUGAUGCUACCAUGGCCAUUUCACAUGUUAUAAGGGCUGAAGAACACCUACCUAAUACUUUGAGACAGGCGUUAAUAUACAAGGCUCUUGGGUUUCCGAUGCCCCAAUUUGCACAUGUUUCAUUAAUUCUUGCUCCAGACAGAAGUAAACUCUCCAAGCGACAUGGGGCAACCUCUGUAGGUCAGUACAAGGAGAUGGGAUAUCUUCCCCAGGCAAUGGUCAAUUAUUUGGCUCUUUUAGGUUGGGGUGAUGGCACUGAAAAUGAGUUUUUCACACUUGAGGAACUUGUUCAAAAAUUCUCGAUUGAGCGUGUCAACAAAAGUGGUGCUGUUUUUGAUUCUACUAAGCUAAGAUGGAUGAAUGGUCAGCAUCUGAGGGCACUACCGUUUGAAAAGUUGAAAAAACUUAUUGGUGACCGAUGGAAAUACGCUGGUAUCCUCACAGAAUCGGACGGCCCUUUUGUAGAUGAAGCUCUCCAACUUCUGAAAGAUGGAAUUGAUUUGGUGACAGAUUCAGACAAAGCACUUUCGAAUUUGCUUUCGUAUCCUCUGCAUGCCACAUUGGCUAGUCCUGAGGCUAAAGCCGUCGUGGAAGACAAGCUUCAUGAAGUUUCAGCCAGCCUCGUGGCUGCUUACGAUAGUGGUGAGAUCCCUAACGCUCUAGCGGAAGGUCCUGGAGGUUGGCAGAAAUGGGUCAAAGCCUUUGGCAAAUCGCUCAAACGCAAAGGAAAAGGGCUUUUCAUGCCACUUCGAGUGUUGUUAACUGGAAAACUCCACGGACCCGAGAUGGGUUCGAGCAUCGUCCUGCUUCACAAAGCUGGAACUUGCGGAAUCGUGGCUCCUGACACUGGUUUUGUGCCAAUGGAUGAGCGGUUUAAGAUACUGCGGGAAUUUGACUGGGAAGCUCUGAACAAUGGCGGCGAGGCAAUGCCUCUCCAGUCUACGGCCGCUGUAUCGACCUGAAAGAAACUCGUAGUUGUUUAUAUUGCCGGCGGCAAAAAAAACUGCAGAAAAUGAUUCCAAGUGUCCAUGCACUUGCUCUGAGACAAAUUGCGGGAAGAGUUGGCAGAGUUUUAGUAACUGAGACAUUAUUUAUCUGUUGUUUUUGUUU